AUGUUUGAAGACUGGUCGGCCCAGCUGGUGAGCGGAGAUGGAAAGGAAUUGUUUGCCAAGGACGGAUUUCAUGGCUUGCUUCCAUUGCCGCUUACGCUGGGACGGCGCAAUGCGCUCUGGAUGAAGAGUGCCCGGCUGGUUUCGCUGUUUCUGAGCCUGCUUAGCAUCGCCAUAGGCUUGGUCUGCUGGUCUCGCUUCAGCGCCAUACAUGCUGGUUACGUGCACGACAUGGCAGCAGGAAUCAGCUUCAACAUCAGCCAGCUCUCACAGCUCAGCCACCUGGUAAUGGUCGCAGGACAUGCGGUGGUCAUGGCAGACUCUCUGGAGCACAUCGUGCACAAAGAGUCCGACUGGUUCCUUGAAGCCUACCAGCGUGGUCAGGACCUUCCCCAAGCCCUCGUCAGCCACAUCAAGGCGGGCGUGGAGGCAGCUGCACUGGACCCCAGAGCUCUGCUGAUAUUCUCUGGAGGUCAGACUCGUGCUGCAGCGGGACCCCGAAAUGAGGGCUGGAGCUACUAUCGGGUAGCCGAGUACUUCGACUGGUGGGGAUACUCUGCGAACCGUCCUGAUCUCCUAAAGGAAGCGCAGCAGCGCACGCAGCACAUAACAUAUUUGCCAGUGGCACAACGCACCGUGACGGAGGAGUUCGCCUUGGAUUCCUUCCAGAACGUUCUGUUUUCCCUUUGUCGCUUCAAAGAGGUCGUGGGCCGCUAUCCUGACAGGGUCACCAUCGUGAGUUUCACCUUCAAGAAGCAGCGCUUCUCCGAGUUGCACCGUGGAGCCCUGCGCUUUCCGAGCGCCAGAUUUUCCUACAUCGGCAUCCAGCCGCCUCCCGGGUCUCGGUUCGAUCUGGCGAAAGCAGAAUCCGGAGAGCAUGAGGCUGCAAAGCUUUUCCAAUCCGAUCCCUACGGCUGCCACUCGCAAACCUUGGUGGAGAAGAGGCGUGCAAGAAACCCGUUCCAGCGAACAACGCCCUACCUGCUAUCGUGUCCAGAGCUCAAGCCGCUCCUUCAGUGGUGUGGGCCGGACAUCUUUCGUGGAGCUCUGCCCUGGGGGCUCGCAGACCGAGAACCCUCGCAGAAGGAAAAAGCUCUUCGUUUCCGCGGGCCCGGGGACAGCUUUUUAAGUGGUCAAAGAUCUGAGCAAAGGACCUCUAGAGACCUUGCAGCGCAGCCGCCAUUCGCUCGAUGUGCCAGGUCACCUCGCCAGGACUCCGACUUGCGAAAGCACGCAUGCGGCAGUAAAAUAGUUGUGCCCAUUUCACGCAGGGAGUGCUACAUGCCUCAAUGCUGGGUGUGUAGCUUGUCAGUCGCGCUGAAUUUGGCCGAGAAGAUAUUUCUGAGCAUUUUCGGCUCAGAACCAGCGGCAAAUCAGGGACUUGUGCCCCGCUUCCUACUUUCCGCCAUGAGUGCCGGGCAGGCUUGGGGUGUCCAUAGGCAGCUGUACGCUUUAGCAACUGAAGAUCAGCACGCAUCAAGGCCCAGAAAGAAGCUUGUCCUGGCUUUUGCCUGUGUUCAGCUGCUGUUGUCGUUUUGUACAGUUCAAUGA